GGAACUUUAACAGAAACCCUAGGCAUUGCGCUCAAUUUCGUCAAUCCCAACAGCGCCAUGGAGAAGACCAUGGAGAAGACCACAGGAUCGGGAGGCAAAGGGCCCGCCUCCACCUCCGCAGCAGCUUCUGCGUCCGCCGGCAGCCGGAACCCACUGCGGGAGUCGAGAAACAAGUCCUCCGUGAAACGCCCUGCCUCGUCCUCCGAUCCCGAUCUUUCCAAAUCCAAAACGCCCUCCUCCUCAUCCCUUGCCAUCGCUGCCAAGGACCACCCACACUUGCCUCCUGACCCCGCUCCCACCGCUAGCACCCGCCCCUUCUCUCUCCCCGACUCCGCUGGGAUCCUUCCCCCUUCUCCCUACGGUUUCCGCAACCUCGAGCGGCGCACCAUUGUUCUCUCCGAUGCCAGCGUCCGAUCCUACUUCGCUUUGCCGCUAGAUGCGCCAGUUAAUCCUGCUGCUGAUAGGUUACCGUUCGGCCGGCAGGGUUUUGUUCUCGGGCCGGAGCCUAACCCACGAUUAGGCUUGGAAAGUCACUUACAUCUACCUCCGGGUAGGAGGCUUAGUCCCGAAGGCUUCCGCCAGCCACCUCCCUAUGUCCGUGGUCCUGAUCUGCGGAGCGACUACUGGGAUUCUCUCGGGCUUGAUGGUCCUCGGAGUAUUCCAGAUGGUUCGAGCGGACCUUUAUCUCUGAAACGGAGGUACGGUGAUGAAGAUGAGUUUCUGCCGCACAGGCAACCGUUCAUGCAGCAUGGUAAUCUUAACGGGAUUCCUAUUGCUCCUUCUGGAUCUAGUGGAAGCCGCAUGAACUUCUUGGAAGGCAGUCAAUUUGGUUGGGAUGCGCAUGAUGAACUGAGUAUGUCGAAGCAGGCUAGGUUGAUCGAAGAAGGUCAUGAAUUGCCUCCAAAGAGGGUUCGCCCUAACGAAGUGCCUCCUGCAGUUACGGAUGUUGAUCCUCAUGCUCUGAGGAAGGCUUUCCUUAGAUUCUCAAAGAUGAUAAAUGAGUCUCCCGAUCAGAGAAAGAAGUAUUUGAACGGUGGGAAAGAUGGACCUCUGCCAUGCGUGGUUUGUAGGAGGGCCUCCAAAGGCUUUGCUGAAGUGCAUUCGCUUGUCAUGCACACAUACAACGCACAAAAUGCUGAUUUGCGUGUUGAUCAUCUUGGGUUACACAAGGCGUUGUGCGUUCUCAUGGGUUGGAAUUACAAAGAGUCCCCUGAAAACUCAAAGGCAUAUCAGUUACUCUCUGCCGAUGAGGCUCAAGCGAACAGGGACGACCUUAUUUUAUGGCCCCCUACAGUUGUACUUCAUAAUACAAGUUCAGGAAGGAAAAAAGAUGGCCACGUUGAGGGUAUGGGUAAUAAAGAGAUAGAUAAUAGACUUAAAGAGAUGGGUUUCACUAACUGCAAGGCCAAGUCAAUAUAUGGGAAGGGAGGUCACACGGGUAUAACAGUUGUGAAAUUUGCCAAAAGUCAAGCUGGUUUGAAGGAGGCUGAGCGCCUUGCUGAACACUUCGAGAAAGAAAACCAUGGCCGUAGAGGCUGGGCACAUGUCCAAGAUUCACUCUCCGCCCACGACGAGAAGAAUCCUGCCCUAGUUAAGGUCGAUGGGAAGAACGUUGAGCAUCGGAUCCUGUAUGGAUAUCUGGGAAGCGCAGCAGACCUCGAGAAAAUGGAUCAGGAAAUGAGGAAAAAGACUGACAUCAACAGCAGAAGAGAUUUGGAUUUACGUAACUAGUGCCACGCGUAACAUACUAGCAUUCCCUUUUCGACCUUUUUUUAAAAUAUAUAUUAUGUUCAAGGCUGCUAGUUUUCUAUGUUUAAAUUAUCAUUUAGAUUAUUUGCGAGUUUAAUUUGUUUCUGUCCUA